UCAGUGGAUAUCUCAGUGCUUGCUUCUCUCUGAUAUGAUAAUCACUAGUUUACAGGGUUUAUUGUAAUUUUGCUUCAUUUCACACUAAAACUGUGAGACUAAACUGGGACUUGUUUGGGUUUCAACAAGUUCCUGUGUGUGAACAUGGUGACAGUCGGCAUGUUGCUGAUUGUCCUCUUUGUUCCAGCUGCUUUGGCUGGUUGUACUAAUGAAACAGCACUCUUCAUAACUGCACCAAAGAAGCUGGAAGCACUGAGUGGAUCUUGUUUGUUAAUCCCAUGUAGCUUCAGACCCAAAGAAGAACAGAAAUUUAACAGCACAAGAAAAAUCUUUGGAGUGUGGAUUAAAAAUGAUUCUAGAUUUGGCAAAAAUCCAAACAAUGUGAUCUUCAACAAUAGUGGAGCAGUUAGCAUCUAUCCAAUGAGUAUUACUGGGAACCUGAGUCAGAAAGACUGCACCACUCUGUUUUCUGAUUUAACCACAAACUACACAGACACAUACUUCUUCAGAGUAGAGAGAGAAACAUUCAAGGCGACAGCUGCUUGUGAUCCUCUUCAAAUAACAGUCAGAGAUUCUCCUUGGAGGCCCAAUAUUACAAUCCCAGGUGAUCUGAAGGAGAAGGAGUCUGUCACUAUAACCUGCUCAGCUCUCACUCCCUGUCCACACUCCCCUCCUCAACUCACCUGGAAUCUCACACAAGACUCUCAUAACAAAAUAGAGGAAAACACAGAUGGAAACUUUACAACUAAAAUCCAGCAGACCAUCACUCUGUCAGACACACAUGAUGGAAAGAAGAUCAGCUGCUCUGCCAGAUAUCCUGUGAACCAAGGAAAAGACAUCAAGACAGCAGAGACAGAAGAGACUCUCAGUGUUUCAUAUGCUCCUAAAGACACCUCAGCAUCCAUCAGUCCAUCAGGUUUGGUGUCAGCAGGCAGCUGGGUGAAGCUGACCUGCUCCAGCAGAGCCAAACCUCCAGUCAGCAGCUUCACCUGGUUCAAGAAGAGCAGAGAUGGAGCUGUGAAAGUAUCUGAAGGAGAGAUUUACAGCUUCAAUGUAACAGAUGGAGGAGUUUAUUACUGUGUGGCCACUAAUAAUCUGGGUAAUCAGACAUCAGCAGAGAUGAAUCUAACAGGAAUUGAUCUGACAGUGAAACCAACUUUGAUUAAUGUAACAGAACAGCCUUCAUCAUGGUGGGCUGCUGUAGGUGGGAUCAGCGGGAUCAUCAUACUCAUCUGUAUGGUUUUUGUGUUUUGGAAACAAAAAUCAGCACGUCGACCUUCACAUCAGACAUGGAGUCUGUCUCUUCAAGAAGCAGCCAGAACAGCAGAAAAUGAAGACAUCCAUUAUGGAGAGAUUGACUUCUCCAAGCAGAGACCUUCAUUAGACCCAGUGCAGGAGAGCACACAGCAGCAGGAUUUGGUGUAUUCACAGGUCAAAGUACGCAAGACUCCAAACAGCUUAACACAGACAUGUGAUGGCCCAGAGUGUAUCUACGCUCAAGUGCAGAAGAAAUGAGUGAAACCAAAACAUGACAAAGAAAACGGAGGACUGUUUUCUCUUUUUCUGAAUAUAUCAAAUAUGAGAAGACUGUAAUUUUCAUCACUUCAUUGUUUUUUUUAGCAGACACAUAAAUGAUCUCUUUUAAUGACACAUCAAUGUUCAACAGGAGAAAUGUGACGUUCAUGGGCAUUGUUAACUGUAUUAUUGUAACUGUUCUAAAGAUGGUCUCAUUUUACUCAAACUUUUAUUUAAUCAUUUUUCUUUUACUGCACUAUGGAGAUCUUAUUCACCAGUGUUUAGAUUUUGAGUUUUACUGUUUUAGUUUCAUUCAGAAAAACCUGAACACCGUUCUGUUAUCAUAGUUUUUAUAUGUCAGCGUUUUGAAAAUUCACAGAUGUUAAUUACUUGUGUUAAAAUAAAUACAACUGUGCUUGCAAAG